GUGUUUCCCUCGCCUAGCCUCUCCGCCUUGCCUCCGCGGGUUCUUCGCAUCCCCCGACGGGAGGGCUCCGGGGCGCCUCCCUCCUGUGCACCUGCUCAGGGCCGUCCAGCCGGAGUCGCCCCGUCCGGCCCGCCAUUGUCGGCUGGGGGUGCCCGGCGCUCUCCACGGGCUCAUAGGAUUGUGCGCAGACGGGACUCCCCGCUGCGUGGGCGCCCCGAGGGCCGAGAAUGCGCCGGGGGUGUCUCGCAGCUGGCGCCUUGUCUUUGCCGACCCUGAGAGAGAAAAAAGCGGGGCAGAACUUGGGGGCGCUCCUGCCUUUCCCCGCGGGACGGGAGCGCUCGGGGGCGGACAGCAGACGCCGGAAUGCUGGCGGCGCGCGUGGAAACCCGGCCUCUGUUUGAAUCGCUCAGUUUUCCUGGGCGACGUGGGGGAAACUGAAAGAUACGCCUUCAAGAUACAACAGUAAAUGAAAAGGCUUCAGGAGAUCCAGAAUCAACUACCUUGUGCACAAGGUGUGCGCUUCUUCACACAAACUGCAAAAUGCAGCUUCCACAAAUGAGGCUUUGAAGCGGGAAGUGCCUGCUCAGAGGGAGGAACUUGCCAGUGGAACAUGUGACCCAGAAACAACAGAGCGACAGGCCAGAAGGAGGCAAAGAGGCAACUUGCCUUGAUUUCACUGCCAGGAAGGGUCAAAGGCUGAAUCACAGCAGAUUGAAGAAGGAGGCUGAAUUCUUCGUGCCCCAAGGAGUGAAGAAGGAUGGGUAAACUGGAAGACAGUGCCACCCUCGUGCCCAAUGAGCAUCUGCCCUUGCUGGCCAAAGCGGCCCCCAGCACCACCUAUCUGAGCCAGCAGGAAGUGGCCGAGCAGGGCAGCGCUGCUCCCUGGCCCGGACUCCGCAAAGCCCUGAUCAGCCUGCUGGGUGGCCUCUUCGCCUGCAUGCUGCUUCUGGCCGUGGCCCUGCUCUUCUCCCUGCCCCGGCCUCACCCACCUCUGGGCUGGUGGCAAAAGGCUGCCUUCUACCAUCUGCCCCCCUCCUGCUUCCCGGACUCCGAUGGAGAUGGGUGGGGAGACCUGGCAGGCGUCAGACAGCAGCUGGACCAGCUGGCAACCCUGCCCAUCCAGGCCUUGGUGUUGGGCCCUAUCCUUGAAGGCGGAGGGGCCAACCUGACCCAGAUUAUCCCUGCCCAUGGAUCGCUGGCACAGCUGCAAGCUCUGUUGACUGAUGGGCGCAAGAGAGGAAUCCGAAUUCUGCUCGAACUUCCACCUUGGGGAGAAGAGGGUGAUGCAUCAGCUGAGAGCAAUCAAACAGUGCAGCUCCUCAAGGAGGCCCUACAGUUUUGGCAGUCCGAAGGCGUGCAUGGUUUUUUGGUGGACAAAGACCCUGCCUGGUGCCUCCUCACGGUAUUGAAGGCCUGGGACGCCCUUGAUGACCGGAGGCAAAGGGAUCCACGGGACGAACGGGCCCUCAUUGUAUGGGACCGGAGCGAAACGUGUGGAGCUUCUGAGGGGAUGCCCAGCAGGGUCAUCCUCACCUGCCAACUGCCGGGAACCCAGAGAAAUCUCUCUGCUCAGGCACUGCUGCAACUGGCACAUGGAUCCCUGCAGCUCCCGGGCACGCCGUGGCCCAGCUGGGCAGUGCCCAGGGGACUCUCGCCCGUCGGUGGCUGGGGGGAAAUCCUUGGGGUGCUGCUCUUCACCCUCCCAGGAGUGCCACUGGUGCAAGGGGGGCCAAGGUCACCGCUCCCGCUGGAGUUCGAGCUGAUGGAAGGAAAGCCCAGCAGACCCCCACUGGCAGCCCUGUACCAGUCCCUCCUGGAAUUGCACGCAAAGUCCUUCUCCUUACAGGACACCGACUUCACACCGCUGCCCCUCCCCAGCCACGUCGAGGACCUCGUGGCCUUCCUCCGGCCAGGUGCCUGCUCCAGCCUCCUGGUCAUCCUCAACCUGGGGCCGCAACCCGCCCAGCUCAGCCUGAAGGAGCUCAGCUUCUCUGGGCAGGCCAAAGUGGUGCUCAGCACCCACGCCAAGCCCCAGAAAGAAGCCAGCGUGGAGAUGGUGAGGCUGGUGCCACAGCAGGCCCUCCUGCUCAAGGUGCCCCAAGGAUACCAGCCGUGAUGGGCAGCCACGGGAUAAGAAAGGAACUGUUGCUGAUCCCAAACACAGCCUGUUGUGGGGUUUGGGCCAAUGCGUGUGAUGUUCCUGCCCGACUGGCUGCUGUAAUUACCUUCUGCAAAUUAGUAAAGUUGCUCAACCUCAUUGACUUUGAGGGAUCUAUGGUUCCAGGGAGGAUGCGCUGCCCCCCUUUGUAACAAUGUGUGUUCUGAACCCACAAAUGUGGGUACAGAUGUGUCUUCUGUAAGUACAUGGGAAUCAAUGGUGCACGAGAACUGGGGGUCUGGGCUGGCACAGAAUGGCCACCGAGCGCUUCCUGCUCUGGGAUGGCAACGCCCUGGGCAGGCUUGGCGUCCCUCCUACAAUCCAAACAGAGGACAGUAGGAGGUGGAUGCCACCCCUAGCCUUGGGCACAGCUGGCCUCUUAGGCCCCUGGCAGCAGCUGAGGAGAAGCAGG